UCACUCCUUUGGCCAGUCACGGGGGGCCAAAACCAGUGUUUGGAGCCACAGUGUGGCGGUGGAGUAGGCAGCAGCAAUGGGAGGCCAUACAGCAACCUAUGACAAAAUGGAAACCAGCAGGAGCGUGAGGAGACCUGAAAGUGGCACAUGGCAGAGUGGGAGCAAUGGGAGGCAGCGGUUACAGGGUGACCCAGGUCACACUGUGGGCCCAGCAGCAGCGUGUGACCAGGCGGUACGGGGGCCCAUGUGGGCCGAUAUGGGGCUUGGUGGCACCUAUGGAAAGGCCUGUAAUCUGACAGCAACCUAUGACAAAAUGGACAACCGCAGGAGUGUGAGGAGAUUUCAAAGUGGCACAUGGCAGAGUGGAAGCAAUGGGAGGCCGUACAGGGACCCAGGUCACACUGUGGGACCAGCA